AUGUCCUUGAUCUUUGACCUUGGAAUAGCAAUUCGGUUCGUGAUGAAGUCGUUUGCGUGGAACCAGUUCGCUUUCGUCUACUCCAAUAUUGGCGACUCUGAAAAAUGCGACGUGAUGAAGAAUGACGUCCAGACAGCGAUUGCAAUGACGGACGAAAUAACCAUUACUUCCGUUUACCAGAUGCUGGAUGUGACGCUAGAGACCGUGACUCGGACUCUGGGAAAUGUCAGCACACGAGCAAGAAUUGUUGUUGUCUGUCUUGCCGAAGGAGGCGGAUACAAGCGCUCUUUUCUUCUGGCGGCUAAGGACGGCGGAUUUCUCAACGACGAGUUCCUCUAUAUUUUUGCUGACACAAAAACCAAAGGAUAC